CCCGUAUGAAAUGAUUUAAGAAAAAUAAAUGUACAAUAAUCGAGACGCUUCAACAAUUUUCUAGCCAAACUUCUCGUGGAAAACUCACAGAAAUCCGCCAACUACUCUCUUCCAUUUUAUUACUCCAUGUGGACUUUUCUUCUAUUUUCAAUCCUUUUCUUUGUCCCCCCAUCUGAGCAUCUUUUCAAUUUAAAUCUCAUCUGGGUUUUCCCCUCCUCCUCUUUUUCUCCAUGUUCAAUCCAUUGCUUCCUUCAUUUUCUCUGUUUUUCCAUUGAUUUCAGCCUUUUCCCAAUUCAGAACUGGACUAUGUUUGUGCUUUUGCGUGAUUAAAUCACAACCCAUUUUUCUGCAUUCUUUGGUGAUUGAUUCUUCUUCAAUUUCUCUUUUCUGUUUUUUUGUUGUUUUAUAUGUUUUUCUAAGUCAGAACUGCACGUUUGUGUUUUUGUCUCAAUGAAGCAAAACCCCUGUUUCUACUGAAUCUGAGUAACUUUCCGUUUUCUAAUUCAGAACCCCACAUGUUUGUGUUUUUGCCUUAUUGAAUCAAAACCCGUGUUUCUGCAUUGAUUAGUGAUUGUAAAGUUUGAAUCUUUCAUGGAUCUUGUAAGCAAGAGCUACACGAUCCAUGAAAUGGUUACUCUGGCACCGGAGGUGAGUCCGGUAGGGAAGCCUUUAAAUUCGUCGGACAAUACGAGUUUUCCGAUUAUUGCCAUUGCCAUAAUCGGAAUUUUGGCCACGGCGUUCUUGCUGGUCAGCUACUACAUCUUUGUCAUCAAGUGCUGCCUUAACUGGCACCGGAUUGAUUUCCUCCGGCGGUUUUCACUAUCCCGGAGAAACCGGCACGAAGACCCUUUAAUGGGGUAUGCUCCGACGGUGGAACACCGGGGACUUGAUGAAUCCGUGAUACGAUCAAUCCCCAUAUUUCAGUUCAAAAAGGGUGGGAAUGGGAAGAAGGAUUUGGGGGAAAGAAGCUUCUGUGAGUGUGCUGUUUGCUUGAAUGAGUUUCAAGAAGAAGAGAAGCUCAGAAGAAUCCCAAGCUGCGACCAUGUUUUCCACAUCGAUUGCAUUGAUGUCUGGCUUCAAAACAAUGCAAAUUGCCCUCUGUGCAGAACAAGCAUUUCAAGCACUCCUAUAUUCCCAAUAGAUCAGAUUAUUGCCCCAAGCUCUACCCCACAAGAUCCCAAUCCAACAUGCUCCGCUAAUCUUGUCACUGGGGAUGAGGACUAUGUUGUGAUUGAACUGAGCAAUGUUCACAACACCACCGAUCAGACAUUGCUUGGUGCACAAGAAAGGUUGAACUCAGCAGAGCUUCCGGUGACAAGGACAAUUAGUCCCUUGCCAAGGAAGUUGGAGCAGAGAAUUGUGCACAAAAAGGCCAGAAAGUUCCAUAAAGUCACAAGCAUGGGAGAUGAAUGUAUUGAUAUAAGAGAUAAGGAUGAACGGUUUGCAAUUGAACCCAUAAGGAGAUCUUUCUCAAUGGAUUCCUCCACCGAUCGGCAGCUGUUUCUAGCAGUUCAAGAAGCUGUUCAACAGGGCAGGCAUGUUUCUGAGGUUAGUCCCCUUGAAGGUUGCAGUAACAGAGUGAGGAGAUCGUUCUUCUCAUUUGGUCAAGGUAGAGGAUCAAGAAAUGCAGUUUUACCCCUUCAUUUGGAGCCAUAGAAAACAUAGCUUUGGUAUUUUUGCUUUUACAUAGAGGAUAUUAGAUGUGACUAGAGGGCUAUAGGGUUUGUGAAAAUAGAUUUAGUUCAAAUGAAAUUUGGAGUCAUUAUUUCAUUUGAUUCCUUUGUGUGCAUAAUAAUGAAUUAAAUUUAGCUUUUGUCUCUCAUUUGAAAGCUACAUGAGAAGAAAAGUACUCCCUCUCCAUUUAUUUAGACAGUAGAUGAGGGUGCUCUUCAAUUGGGACACAUUUUCUGGGGCUACCGACUUAUUUUUGUUAGUAAAUGGCAUGGCUGAUGAAGGAGGGAAUGUAAAAGACUAAAAGUUUGGUCCCUCUAAGUAUAAAAAGCAAAACAAUCAAAAAAGAAAAUGAGAAAGGAAAGAGGAGCAAGAGUCAAAAUUUCCGAGAGACCUUUUGGAAAGUGAAAAUGGUCCUAUUUUUUCCUCUGGAUGGGCCUGCUCUGCAAAUUGAAGAUGCUUCAACGAUGAUGAAUAAUCAGUACAAUCCUUCAAAGGGUUUUCUGGUCAAGUCAAUGACAGAGGUAAUCCAUUUCACACCUCUUCUGGGUUUUGAAUUCUAAAGCAGAAAUUUAAGGAGUCAUAUGGUCUUAUUUGGAGUACUGGGGACAAUGUGAUGCAGCUUCUUCUAGGUGUUACAAUAUCAAUGAACAUUAAUGCUGUAC